AUGCCUUCGGGUGCUCAGUCACCAGUCAAGCUAGAGACCGCCGAUGAAUCCGUCCCCGCCAUCAAGCUCGAUGACCCUUCCGACUCCAUUAACGUGAACUCGAGCGACGCCAACGAAGGCCAGCCUCCCCGAAAGCGUCGCAAGAUCACACCUCCCAAAGAGCGCACUACCGAGCAUCUUGACUUGGAGAGCUGCAGCGAGAAUGACGAGAAAUUGGCCCGCCUGGUCUCCGCCUUGAAGAAGAGGAAGAAGAUUGUCGUCAUCGCCGGUGCUGGAAUUUCCGUGUCCGCAGGCAUCCCCGAUUUCCGGUCCAAGAAGGGUCUUUUCGCAACUUUGCCCAACGAUCACAAAAUGAAGGGGUCCGGCAAGCAUCUUUUCGACGCGUCUGUCUACAAACACGACUCCUCCACCGAAAAGUUCCACAAGAUGAUUUGCGAUCUGUCCAACAUGGUCAAGGCCGCCGAGCCGACGCCCUUCCAUCACCUACUAGCCUCACUUGCCCACGAAAAACGAUUAUUACGACUCUACAGCCAGAAUGUCGACUGCAUCGAUACCAGCAUGGAGCCUUUGAAGACGGCUGUUCCUCUCAACACGAAGGGACCCUGGCCAACGACCAUUCAACUGCACGGCAGCGUUGAACAUAUGGUAUGCUCCAAAUGCGCCGACAUCAAGCCUUUGAAAACAGAGCUUUUCGUGGGUCACGAGGCUCCACUAUGCGAGGAGUGUGUUAUGAUUGACACACUCCGAACUCAGUAUGAGCAGAGGAGGAGCCACGGCAUCGGUCGCUUGCGACCCAGAAUGGUACUCUAUAACGAGUUUAAUCCUGAUGAAGAGGCCAUUGGAAAGGUUUCCAGCGUCGACCUCAAGUCGCGUCCAGAUGCCGUGAUUGUUGUCGGCACUAGCCUGAAAAUCCCUGGCGUCAGACGACUCGUCAAGGAGCUGUGUCAGGUGACCCGCAGCCGCAGGGAUGGGUUUACCGCAUGGAUCAACACCGACUCGGAACCUCAACACAACGAUUUCAAGGACUGCUGGGACCUGGUUGUCCGAGGAAAGUGCGACGAUGUCGCUCAUUGGGUCAGCUUGCCACGGUUCGAUGAGCCUCAGAGCGGGGAUAGCCCUUACCUUAGUGAGGAGGAUGAGCAGCAACGUCGGGCUAGGCUGUUGAGAGACAACUUGCUGGUAACUCUCCCCGGGUCGCCCACCAAAUCCGACUCUGGAUCUGCAACCGAAAACAAGAAGCGCAAGCUUGUUGACCCCAUCCAGAGUAUUCCUACUCCAACAGCCAGUCCUAGAAUCAAGGCAGCCGAGACUGGGAAGAAAGGACCCAAGUCAAAACAGAGCAAGCUCUCGUUCGGUGGCCAUCAAGUCGCAUCAGACACCGAUGUGUCAGCCAAGAAGGUCAAGAAGACAACGGUCAAAAAACCUCGCAAAUCCAACGGCAAGAAAUCUAACGAGCCGCCCAAGAAUGCGCUCAGUCAGACCUUCAAGACUCAGAAGAAUCGCGAACUUGCCGAUAUGCCUCAAGAGACACUCGCCGGCAAACUGGACAAUCAGCAUUACAAAUUUGCAGAGGACAAGCUUGCUUCUCUGCUGCCACCUCUGCGACCCGAAGCCCAGAAGCCAGCCAGGAACAUUUACUACCCUCAAAAGCCAGCAGCGGAAUCUGCUCACGAUGACAAGACACCGUCAUCAAAGUCAUUUGAGAACAUCACACGGCCCGCCUUGACAGAGCGUCCGAAGUCAUCGCCUGCCACCAGCAGCACGCUGGAAGGUAUGCAGAGCGACAUGCGGCCGGCAACCCCCAUGCAUGAGCGACGUAAAUCCGAGACCAUUUCGCCUCAGUCUAUUCCUAGGGGGAUGGAGCAGCUGAUGGACUGA